AUGCAGCGCGAUGCGGUCGAGACCAUCUUCACCACCCUGUCAGGUCAGCCGCUGCGAGUAUGGCUCGACCCUACCCUCCCCUCCUCUCCGGACCUGCGUCCCCUCCUCAUCUCUCACGGAGCCAGCAUCUCCGACUCGCACAUCGCUGCAGAUGUCAAUAUCCUCGUCAUACAUCCCACUUCGAAGGAGGCAUUCGACGAGUACUGCAAUCCCGUGUGGCUCACCAUGAGCCAGCGGCUUCGGUAUCAGCGGCUGGUCAGAACCGGGGCGGUAGAUGGGGGAUUGCGGCGCAAGGUCAUGGUCUCAGAGGAAUGGGUCAAGAUGAGCGUCGAGGCAGGACGGGUCUUGGGGGAAGAGGAUGAUUGGGGAGGGUGUAGAAAGGGAGGACCUCCUGCCGCGACGGCCGACAAGCCCGCUGCCACUACCUUCAUGCCACGACCUGCAGAGAAUGGUCAGGCUCAGCUGGCACCUCCCACUCCGUGUCGUAUAGGAGCUCCUGCCCCGACUCAGCCCAGGGCCUUUGGUACGCCUCCUGCUGCCGUCCUGGGUAACGGGGUUAAGCGGAAACGAGAUGUCGAGGACACGGCUGCGGAACCCCGAAUCGUCGAGCAGACCGCUCAGCCCUCCUCCCAAGCGCUCAAGGUUCUCUCUCUUUCCACCGUCAAGUCAGCCCCCGCUAGACCUUCACUCGCCGCUGGGCGCAGCCACACGGGAUCGCCUGCAGGUCCGCAUCGCCUUCCCGACACAAGUCGUGCCCCUACCCCCCUGAUACCUUCGACUGUCCCAUCGGCGCCCUUGGGCCCGUCAGCUCAUCGCAAUAUCCCCCCAUCCGUACCAUCAGGGCCCACUGUCGCCUCGACAGAUCCGUCCGCACCGAAGGUCCCGCAAGAAGCGCAAUCCUCAGCCAUUCCUCCCCACCCGCCCUCCGCUUCCGCCAGCCUCGACCCCUCGUACACGCCGACGCCAGUGGCCCCGUCCGAAGGUCGCAGUCUGAGCAUAGGGGGCGCUCAAGGCAAGACCUCGAGCAAAUGGCAGAGCGCCCAGAAGACCGUCCCGCGUAUCCUUAACGGGUACAGCAUCUACGUUACUGGAAAUCGAGCUGGGCGGAAACACACAGUCAGCAACAUCGUCAAAAGCGGAGGUCAACAAGUAUCCAAGGUCCAACAUGCCUCGCAUGCUCUAUUGGAACCACGGGCCGGGGCGAGGCUGGACGAGCUAAAGCAACUCGUCGCUACUGCCGCUUCAAAUGGGACGUGGUGUGUCAGCUUUGACUGGAUCGAGCACAGCUGGAACGCCGGCAGGCUCUUACCGGAGAGGGAAUAUGUCUAUGAGGGUGGCACACCUCCACAGCACCUGGGCCCAGCAGGACCUCGGACGUACAUGACAGUAGCGGAGCGUGAGGCCUUGUUUGAGCUGGUACAGCAACAGGCGGCUCGACCGGGGAUGACGCUCGAUAUUGCUCUUCGAGAGGCGUGGAAGGGACACGGUAUUUAUACUUUGGAAAAGUAUAAAUCAUUCUACAAUCAGUGGAUCAACAAGAAGGCGUCCGGCCAACUAGCCAUCAUGAUUCGGACUGCUCACCCGCUGGGCUUGGUGAACGGCAAAGGAGAAAUGGACGUCGCUCGGUAUUUGCACUUGAAUUUGAAUGGGUACAGCGUGGAAAUCUGUCUGGCAAUGUAUCGCAACUGGCUGAACUGCGCACCACCCUUCGACACGCCGGAGGAGAAUCACCCUCUCUUGAGUCAACGUGGCUUUAUACUACAGCAUGUCGACGCGAUACGGAGAGGCGUCUCGGUAGAGGUCAUCUCGGUACAUAUGGCUGCCAAUUUGUACGCGCUCUGUCCCGAUCCAGCGGCAUGGCAAGUGGCUAUUGGGAUAUGCCUCCGUGGUAUUCCGCCCAAUGUCGUUCCCGAGGAUGUCGGCCAGUUCACCCAGCCGUCCGCUCCUUGA